AUGGCGACCGAUCGCCCCAGCUACUGGUUGCAAGGCGCUAUGACGUGGAGCGAUCAUGUAUCCGCUGCCAUGAGCGCAAGUUCCAUUUCAACCGGCGAGCGUACUGCGCCGACAGCUGGCCUUUUGGUGAAAGACGGCACAUCUACUCGAUAUGUUAACGAGUUGCUUUUCUCACGCGUCUUGGAGAAGGAGUGCGACCUUCAGUCCGCCAUAAACACCCCGGCAAGUACUGACAACAGUGAGGCGAGCUCAAUGAUUGGCUUUGAUGGGCUCAUCUCCAACCCCCAAUUGGCUGUCAACGCCUUCUCUCUCUUCCCAUCUCGAGGGCAAGCCACGCACCUGUGGCAAGUCUACUUGAACAACGUCGACAUUCUUCUCAAAGUACUUCAUAUUCCGACCACGCAACCCGCUGUAUUUGCCGCCAUCAACAAUCCGAACACUGCUUCUCAAGACUUCAAUGCGCUUCUUUUCUCCAUUUAUUUUGCAGCAGUCACAAGCCAGCGCCAGGCAGAAACCCAUAUGAUCUUUGGUGAGGACCGGCAAUCCGUCCUCAAAAGAUUCCAGCGAGGUCUAGAGGUCUGUUUGCAUUCCGCUGCAUUCCUCGAUUCGCCCACCAUUAGCUCGCUGCAAGCAAUGUCGAUUUACUUGCUUUGCUAUCGAAAUCAUAAUUGUGGUAGAUCUGGAUGGACAUUGAACGGUAUACUUCUCCGAACCGCACAAUGGAUGGGUCUACACUGCGAUGGGGAACGUUUCAACCUCCCACCACUGGAGUGCGAGCUUCGUCGCCGGCUAUGGUAUCAAAUUAUCGGAUGCGAUGCGCGAGUUGGUGAAGAUCAUGCUCUCUCAACCAAUGGGUUUGGUGGCUUCUCUAACACGAAGCUUCCACUCAACAUAGAUGACCGAGAUCUUUCCGCCAACAUGGAAGUUGGCCCGAGUUCAAAACCGCAGUGGACAGAGAUGACAUUGUUUCUGGUCGCUGCCGAGAUGAAUCAAGCCCUUCAACAAGUGUCUCGACUUUCCGUAGCCGUGCUCAAUGGGGAUGACAAAAUGACUAGCUUAGAGCAGCUUCUUAGAACAAUCACGGCACGCAUAAAAGAUCGCUACUUGCAGCAUUGUGAUCCUAACAUUCCCAUUCAAAAGUCAGCGCUUUUGCUGGGCCAGGUGCUGAUGGGAAAGCUCAGUGUCUUCGUUCGCCAGCAAUACCUCCGAGGACUCAGCGCGGAAGAAUCUGCAUCACGAGCCACCGAACAGACGCUUUUGCUGGCUUGCGACACCAUUGAGAUUGGCAAUGACCUAAAAACGGAUGAGCUUCUCAGUAACUUUCACUGGCUCUUCUCGACGUUUACUCAAUAUCAUCUUUUGACAUAUACACUAUGGCAUCUUUGUGUUCGGCCUGGAGUCCACUGCGCCGAUCGAGCGUGGCAGGUGGUCGAUAAUUCGUUCAAUUUGGUGGAGGAUCCUAGCUGGCCGAGUCCUGGACUCAAAUGGAACGUGCUACGAAAGCUUCGAGAAAAAGCACUCAAUAUACGAUAUGCUUUCUCUUCGAUUCCAUUUACGUCAGCGCGGUCCCCCAACAAUGUAACGGUUCCCCAGAACACAGGACCUCGGGAGGAUGACCGGAGGGAUGCCAUCCCUAGCAGCGUUCUGGCGGUAGAAGAUGCUAGAGAUUGGAAUUUAGAUUCGAUUUGCUUCCCCGAUUGGAACCCGUCCGACUCAUGGAUUGUGGGCCAAGGAUAG